AUGCAUUACCCACAGCCUUUCCUCGCCUUUUUGUCGCUUUGCUUGUUCUCUUCGAAUGUUGCUCGCGCCGAUGAUACCACCACUGUCCCCAUCUACCUUCCGCAUUACGAUGCUAAGAGCUGGUCGCAGCUGCGGGGCAGCGUCAUCUCAAGUGACGCUAAAGAAACAACCUACACCAUCUUCUGCGCGCCGCAAACACCGCCCAACUGUGACCUCGCUGUCGAGUUUCCCUUCAUCUUUGCCGAAGGCGAGAACACGCUCCAGUUUCAUGGCACCAAGACGUCGACACUUAUCGCCGACCUGGGAUGCACGCUGAGUGGGACGACAGCCGCGACGUGCUCUGGAUACUCGAGUUUGAGAAGCGGAUAUGUCAACGGAAAAUACACAGGCCCGACCGAAGUAUCAUGGACCUCGACCAUGACCGGCUCCGAGGUGCAAUGGGGUGUUUUGACACUGGCUGAUCACGAUCCUGCGGCGACCGCAGCGCCUACCACGGCCGACAACCCCAAUUACGACGACUUCCUCUACACAGGCACCAUCUCUUCCUCAAUACCCGCCGAGACCAAUCCCAGCGCUGCUUCGCGUCUCGUUUCUGGCUGGGCUCUUGCCGUGUCAUUAUGCACCAUGGUUCUUGUUACUCUGAUACCAUGA